AUGGUCAAUGAAAUCUCGUUCAACUGUGAAGACGCGUGGCUCAAUCUGUUCGUUGGAGGUGAUUUAUAUCCAGUUCAAGUCAAGACACUAAUGAAUCCAUCCACUUGUGGAACAUUCUUUCGGGACGUCGUCAAGGUGUCUGAUGCUGCGAUCAAAGUCAGAGGAGUUCAAUGGGAAACCUCUCCGAACCAUAUCAAAUACCGUGUUGAUAUCGAUCGAGAUGGUUUACUUUUUAGACAUGUCCUUCAAUACCUUCGAAACGGAAAACAAACCAGUCUCCCGGACGACACGUACACCCUCGAAGCCCUCGUCGGCGAAGCGGAAUUCUUCGGUCUCGAGAAAUAUCGUGAAAUGCUGAAAAAGAAAUUGUGGAAAUUGACAGGAAAACGUCAAUACUAUGCAUGCUAUUCGGAUUCUGAUUGA